AUGGUUCAGACUACAAUUCUUCCUUCUGUUUUCAUAUCAAGUUCGUGUAUAUACAGUGCCAGGCUAUCUUUUCCCUACACUGUCAGCUCUCUCCUUUGUCUGUUGAUAUGGAAGGAUUCAAUUACAGCACAAAGAUUGGUUCAGGUUCAAGGCCUUGGCAUUGGCUCCUUUGGCCUUGACUGUCCACUGUUGUACUGGGAGCCCCUAGCCUCACCCUUCUUUGCUAUUGCAAAUUACUUAGUUGGGUUUGUUUUGUUUCUCUAUGUUCUUGUUCCCAUUGCUUAUUGGAAUAAUCUUUAUGAAGCCCGUCGAUUUCCCAUAAUGUCUCCAUACACCUAUGACUCUGCUGGCCAACUUUACAAUAUUACCCGUGUCCUCAAUCAAAAAGAAUUUGAUCUUAAUCACGUUGGCUAUGAAAAUUAUAGCAAAGUCUACCUCAGUAUCGUGUUUGCCUUCCUCUACGGAUUGAGCUUUGCAACACUAAUGGCUAGUUUAUCACAUGUUGCACUCUUUGAAGGAAAAAAAAUUUGGGAAAUGUGGAAACAAACAACUUCUGCAGUUAAAGAUCAGUUUGGUGAUGUGCACACAAGAUUGAUGAAGAACAACUACAAAGCAGUACCUCAAUGGUGGUUCCAAAUUGUAUUAAUAGUGACAUUUGCUCUUUCAAUCUUUGCUUGUGAAGGCUUCAAUAGACAGCUUCAACUUCCAUGGUGGGGAAUUGUACUAGCUUGUGGCAUGGCAUUCUUUUUCACAUUACCUGUUGGGGUGAUUCAAGCCACAACUAACAUGCAACCAGGGCUAAACGUGAUUACAGAGCUGAUUAUCGGGUAUAUGUAUCCUGGUAAGCCCCUUGCCAAUGUGGCUUUCAGGACUUACGGCUACAUCAGCAUGACACAAGCCCUCAGUUUUCUUAGCGAUUUCAAACUAGGUCACUAUAUGAAAAUCCCUCCCAGAUCCAUGUUCAUUGUUCAGUUAGUGGGAACUGUAAUUGCCUCAACUGUCUGCUACGGCACAGCAUGGUGGCUUCUCACAUCUGUUGAUCACAUAUGUAACAAACAUUUACUACCAAAGGGAAGUCCAUGGACCUGUCCAAACGAUGUUGUCUUCUACAAUGCUUCGAUCAUCUGGGGAGUUGUUGGACCACUCAGAAUGUUCACGAGCCACGGUAUCUACCCGCAGAUGAACUGGUUCUUCUUGAUUGGUGUAGUUGCCCCAGUUCCAGUAUGGCUGCUCUCGCGCAAGUUCCCUGAAAAGAAAUGGAUCAAGUAUAUCCACAUGCCCCUUAUCUUGGCAGGACCAGGGGGCUUGCCAUCAGCCAAAGCUGUGCAUUAUUGGAGUUGGGCAGCUGUUGGAAUUUUCUUCAACUACUACAUUUUCAAGAGGUACAAGGGAUGGUGGGCUAGACAUAACUAUAUUUUAUCAGCUGCUCUGGAUGCAGGACUUGCAUUCAUGGGUGUACUGCUUUAUUUCGCCCUUCAAUCUCAUGAUGUUGAUGGUCCAGAAUGGUGGGGUCUUGAUAACAGUGACCAUUGUCCAUUGGCAAUCUGCCCUACAGCACCAGGGAUUGAAGUCGAUGGAUGCCCUGUGUUUUGAGGUGGGCAAGAAAUUGCCCUCACCAAAGUUAUAGCUGAGGCUGUGUAUGGAGAAGACAAAAGCUGUAAAAUUUCAGUAGCAAAAGCUAUUUUAUAGAUUCACAUACAACAAAAAUGUUGUACAUUAAGAA